UUCACUGAUUCAUUCCCUCCACCGUGUCACUACGUAAUAGCGGGACUGUGACGCGGAUAUGGAAUUUUAAUACGGCAGUUAAAAGAGUUACAGCAACCUACCUACCUGUCUUUUAUCCAAGUACAUAACAAAUAACAUAUAACAAAAUCAAAGAUCCGAACAAUAUGUCUUCCAUAGCUUCGACAGCUUCGUCACAACCUAAGAAGCCCAAGGGCAUCUUAAAGAAACCCACAACAACAGCAACAACAACAACCAAUACCUCAUCUCCUCCCAUCUCCCCCCUCCCAGUCCAAGAACACAAACCAGCCUCCUCCUCCUCCACCGCCCGCGAAGCAGCCAUCCAACAAGCCCGCAUAAUCCAGCAGCAGCAAGCAUUCGAAGACGAGAUCCAAGACUCCAUCAUCGAGCUAGCCAAGCUCCCCCUAGCCACCACCUCCUCCUCCUCCACAUCUACAUACGACUCCUCGAACCCCUCCCCUUCCGACGCCGACACCUUCCGGCAACUGGUCCGGCUCUUCCAGCCGGGCGACUACGAGGACCUGAUCGAAGAGCGCAACACGCUCAAGAAGUGCGGGUACGCGCUGUGCCCGCGGCCGCGCCUGCGCCUCGGCCCGGGCGGCGAGUACAAGCUGGUGGGCUGGGGGCGGAGCGACUUCGGCAUCGUGCCGCGGAAGGAGUUGGAGCGGUGGUGCUCGCGGGAGUGCGCCCGCCGCGCCAUGUACGUCAAAGUGCAGCUUGGCGAGACCGCGGCCUGGGAACGGGCGGGCAUCUCGUCUAUCCGGAUCGAUCUGCUGGACGAGCCGAAGCAGGCCAAGGAAGAAGAAGACGAUGCGACUCGACAGCUCGAGAGGGAGUUACAGAGCGUGGAAAGGAAGGCUGCCCAGGAUGCUAAGGAUCUGGCGCUCGAACGAGGCGAUGCGGCGGACAAGCCGUCUACGAGAAAGAUUAAGCUUACGAUCAGGGAGAAGUCCGUUAAGAUGGCGCCGCAAGAGCCCACACUGGAUAAAGAUGGCGAGGGCCAUUUAGUACUGGAUGGUUACAAACCGAAAUUCAAUCAAGAGUCGGAACAAAAAGGCGAAGAUGAAAAUAUGGAGGAUGAUUCCGAAAAGCCGACGGCGGAAUGAUGUAACAAUAUUUUUGAUCAUUACUAGCAUAGCUCCGGCGUUCAGAUUAUGACCAUUUAAGAUACCCUUAGUAGAAAAUAAUGGCAAAGACAAUAACUUGCACCGAGACACAUAGUGUAAUGGCCAACGUCACGACCAUCCCCUUGUACCAAAUGCCAAAUUCUUCAGUUUACGGGAACUCAUGGAGUUAACGAGGACCUAGAGACCGUAAAUCCCAAUCAAGUACAACAAGUCACAUA